AUGCUUCAUGAAGUAUUUAAUGUUUUUUCUAAUCUUAAUUCCCGAUUUGCUGCUAUUAUGGAUAAUCUAUCACUUAUUCCCGUUUACUUGGGUUUGAACGGAAUGAGCAUAGCAGCGACUGAAUUUUAUUAUAGACAUUUAUCACAAUCGAACAUAUCCAGUCGUCUUAUUUCAUUAUGUGCUUCAGAUACAUUAGCUAUCUCAAAUGGUUUUUGGUUAGCUAAACAUGUAUCUACAUUUAUUAAUCUUCGUCAUUUAUCUUUAAUCGAUAUUCAACGCUGUUGUUUUGAAUUGAUUCUUAACUCAUUAUCACCAAUUAAUUCUCUCAUCGUAUUUUGUGUAAGCUUUUCAAAUGUUGAUCGUGCUUCUGAUACGUUUAUAGGUGUGCCUGAAGGUGUAUAUUAUGAACGAAUUUUUCACGUAUUUCCUUCAUUACGUGAAUGUCAGCUACUUUUCAGUCGAUACAUACACUCUACUUUAGACCGUGAGUUUGUUCUACCACCUAACAGAACUUUUAUGCCUGUUCAAAUUGGUCUUUUAAAUUUACGAUCACUUACAAUUUAUUGCUCACCAAGCUUUUUGUCACAUUUAUUUGAACAUGUUCCUCAAUUGGAAAAACUCAACUAUAAACGGACUGAUCUUUGGCUACCUAUAAAUCAUCCACUAAGACAUAGUGAUUACAAGUAA